AGACAAUCGGCUGAAAUCGAAGCAGGAAAGUUCUCAUUUUAAAGUUAAUCUAAUGCGCUUGUAUCUUGGGAAAGCGAUCGUCUUUUUCUCUUGCAACUGAAGAGUUACCAGCUGAGGCAAAAGCAGUUUGGUGCUUUGUGGAUCAGUGUCUAACAUGGACCUGUGAUCAUUCCCGACUUUCACCAGCCCAGAAGUAAGAUCUUUAUACAAGUGCAGCUGACUUGAUAUUGAGCAAGAAUGAAUUCCAGCAUGUGCCAAGAGUCCUUCCAAAAAGAGGCCUACCUCUCUCUGAUGAAAGGCCUGAGAGAGUUCGACCUGCAGAUGAACUCUGUUCCCAGCGAGCUUGUGCUGUCUGGAGACGACACUUUUCCCCUCUUAAUGAACGGGCAAGGCCAGGUCCUGAUGGCAGCCUCGCUUUAUGGCCGUGGAAGGAUCGUGGUUUUAGCUCAUGAAACCUACACCUUCCCUGCUCUGGUAGAGAACGCCGUGACCUGGCUGAGAGGGGAUCAGAACAACAGCAGCUCUGUGGGGGUGCACGCAAACAUCAGCGGAGUUGCUGACAACCUCCGAAAUUCUGGUUUCCAAGUCAACGUCGCCGAUGCGUUCAGAGAUGAUCUGGGGGUUGGUGUGUAUGUGACGGAUGCCUACUGUGUGGAUGCAGAUGCAGAUAGGCUGGUGGAUUUUCUGAAAGCAGGAGGAGGAGUGCUGAUAGCAGGGCAAGCAUGGCACUGGGCCUCAGUCAACCCAAACAAGAACACAUUUCUCCAGUUUCCAGGAAAUAAAGUGUCAGGAGUGGCAGGGAUCUACUUCACAACGCAGUAUGGAUCAAAAGAAAAACUGCCUGUUUACCCCCAAGUUCCAUCAUCCUGGAAAGCUCUCGGUGUUGGUAAAGACUUCGAGGAAGACCUUGGGUUCCUACUGAACGGGACUUCACAGUUUGACCUUCGUUCGGAUUCUGUAGCUUCUGACAUUCUGACCCAUGGGCCUCUGGCCUUCCCGAUUGGAGUCACUGGGGAGGGCCAGACUUUCCUGGCAGGAGGCUACUAUGGACGAGGACGGGUCAUUGUGGUGACCCAUGAAUUGUUUCCAUACAUCGGGAGCUUGGCUUCAUUUUGGAACAAAGUCAUUCAAUGGCUGGCCCAAGGCCGGAACGGGGUGGUUGGUUUUGGGUCAGGACUCAGUCCCAUCGAUGGCGUGGAGCUACAAUGCGAGAGAACAGCAUUCAGGAGGGACCUGAAUGUGUUCGUGUGUACGGCGUACAACGAUGAACAUGCAGAGGAAAUCCAAGACUUUGUUGCACAGGGAGGAGGCCUGCUGAUUGGUGGACACGCUUGGUACUGGGCAUCAACUCACCCUGAUCAGAACCCAAUGACUGAUUUUCCAGGGAACAAGAUCCUGAACAAAAUGGGAUUGAGUGUGUUAAAGGAAACAGUCGUGACUGGACUAUUCGAUGCUCCUGAGCCAAACCAGGCUUUGAGCAGCAAUUUCAACUUCCGUCAACUCCUGAAGCGCUUUGUUGGUCAUGUCAUUGAGGGUGAAGAACUUACCGACCAAGAGCAGCGGUGGCUUUUAAAGCUGGGAAAACAGGCUGUCAACUACCUGAACUUGAAGGCUCAUGAUAGCUACGCCUACACACAAGUGCUGGCUUUCCUCACCGAGAUCGUGAAGCGUGGCAUGCCAGAGGUGAGUGAGGAGAACCCUCUGAGGAGUCCCAAAGACCUUCUCCUCCUUCACGUGGCAACAGAAGUGUUCAGAGUGUCUCGGGAUCCUGAUGCUCUCCUGCCAUACCUGAUCAAGAAGGACGCCUCCAUGCCUGUCGUGCACAACCAGCGAAUCCAAAUUAAUGUUACAACCACAAAUGGAGAGGAGUGGAUCAGCACAGGUCUGUACCUCGCUCCUGGCGUGAAAACCUACAUGAUUAUGCCAACUAGCAUCGUCAACAGGAGAUGGAUGGUACAGAUAAGCUGCCAGACCGACUACCUCAACCACGGAGAGCUGAAGAGGGCGCCAAGUGUUUCUGAGCGAUUCCCGAUAACCUCAGAAGUCAUGCAGGUGUGGAACCUGUGGGGGGGGCUGAUCUACCUGGUGGCUCCAACCGACACAACCGUGGAAGGGCAGGAGGUCAUAGUGCAGACAGCUGUGUCUGCCCCAUACUACAAACAUGGUGCAACGACAUUAGAUGACUGGGCACAGCUGCGAUCAGCUCCUUCACCCUGGGCAGAGUUGGAGUUUGACAAUAUCAUCCUGACUUUACCAUCGCGCUUCGUCCGUGACCUGGAGCGCCCCGAUGAGGCGGCCGUGCUCUGGAACAGCAUCAUGAAAGGCAUUGCAGAACUGGCGGUCAUACCGGAGAAAUUUGCUCGCAAGGAACGCAUCGUUGCAGAUGUGCAGAUUUCAGCUGGUUGGAUGCAUGCAGGCUAUCCAGUCAUGAUGCACUCAUCUAUUGCAUCUGAGCUGGUUAACCUGAAUGACGCCAGGACCAAAGGUCUGUGGGGAGAAGUUCAUGAACUGGGACACAACCAACAGCGAACCGCUUGGGAGUUCCAACCAAACACCACAGAAGCUACAUGCAACCUUUGGUCAGUGUACGUGCAUGAGGAGAAGCUGGGGCUCAACAGAGCACAGGCUCAUCCUGCCUUGACCAAACAGAGUCGAGACUCUACUGUUGAUGGGUAUAUCAAAGCGGGAAGGAACCUCAGCAACUGGAAUGUAUGGACAGCUCUUGAGACCUACUUGCAGCUCCAAGAAAAGUUUGGCUGGGAUGCCUUUAAACAAGUCUUCUCUGCCUACCACACCAUGAGCGACGUCCCGCAUGACAACGCAGGGAAGAUGAACCUGUACACCGAGACCUUCUCACAGAAGGUGGGGAUGAACCUGACUGGGUUCUUCAAGGCCUGGGGGUGGCCCAUUGAGAGCGAUACGGAGAAGAAACUCUCCCAUCUGCCUCUGUGGAGCGAUCAUCCCAUGGCCAACUACAUCUGAGUGUUACUCUGCCACUGAUUGAGAUCCACAUGACAACUGAAAUUGAAUGAUGAAUGGUUUAUCCAUAAAGACCCUCACAAGUGUUGAUUGUUUCUGUGAUGUCAAGCAUGAAUAAUGUGUAUCUUAAAGUGAAUUUCUAUGAAAAUGAGAUUUGAUAUGAUAAAGUGAUUUCUUGAUAAUGAUCCACUGCACAAAGUUGAGGAGAAAUUAAUCAUGGGAAAAAAAUGUAGGAAGUGACUGGAAGAAACCAAUAAUCAAUAAAGUCUUGUCAACAA